GAGAACGUGUGUUGGUUACCCCAUAUGAUGUGUGUACAUGCUGGGGUUUAGUAGCAGUGUCUGGGACGUGGCUAAACCCAAGCAGACUGAAUGUCGAACUGUGCCAUACCGCUCCUACUAUACUAUCCCGCAAGGCCUCGUAGUUUUCGAAUGGGUCGACAUUAGAUACUACUCAACUUACCAUACUGAACAAUAGGUUAUCGUACGCUUUGAAUUAGUGGCCCCGAAGAGCAACAAAACAAAACUGGUAGUUAAAAUCGUGGAACUUAAUAAUCCUUCGAGUUUUGUAAAAUAUGACCAAAAUUCCAACCGCAAAGAUUUCGCCUUCUAAGGCAGGCGAGGCCGCCGGCAUGGGCGAAGCACAGGCGCUCAAACGGCGGCGAGUGUCAACUUGUGUCGGCUGUGGAUCCCAGAUCAACGAUCAGUAUAUUCUUCGGGUAGCUCCGGACCUGGAAUGGCACGCGGCCUGCCUCAAAUGUGCAGACUGUCAUCAGUUUCUGGACGAGACUUGUACGUGCUUCGUCAGAGACGGAAAGACUUACUGCAAGCGAGAUUACGUCAGGUUAUUUGGAGCUAAGUGCGCCAAGUGUAAUUCGGGUUUUAAUAAGGAUAAUUUUGUGAUGCGAGCCAGGAACAAGAUUUAUCAUCUUGAAUGUUUUCAAUGUAUGGCCUGCUCGAGACAGUUAGUUCCGGGAGACGAAUUCGCCCUCAGAGACGAUGGACUUUUCUGUAAGGCUGACCACGAAGUUUUAGAGAAAGCUAACAACAACAACAAUAGUAUACCCCUCAACGGGAAAGGAAAUAACAGCAAAGCUAAUGACAGCACUGGUUUGCAAAUGGCGGCUAACGCUGAACCGAUGCAAACUAACCGGAACAGAAGUUCUGUCAGGCCGCACGUUCAUAAACAGAGCUCGGAUGUUAAGUCCACUCGAGUGCGGACAGUGUUGAACGAAAAGCAGCUACACACAUUACGCACGUGCUACGCCGCUAACCCGCGGCCUGACGCCCUUAUGAAGGAACAGCUUGUGGAAAUGACUGGUUUAUCUCCCAGGGUGAUUCGGGUGUGGUUCCAGAACAAGCGAUGUAAGGAUAAGAAGAAAAGUAUCAUGAUGAAACAGAUGCAACAGCAAGACAAGUUUGUCAUCCUCUCCAUGUCCGACUCCGACUGUUCUCCACAGCAUUCCCCGGUAGGGCACAGUGCACUUUCUAUAUUUCGGGCCACCGUUCGGGAAGGCUAUUGGGAGGGCCGACAGGUUAGUCUUGGCACCAUGCGUGGGGUUCCGAUGGUAGCCUCGAGCCCAGUGCGACACGAGAGUCCUUUACAAGUGAAUCCAAUUGAAGUCCAGACUUACCACCCACCUUGGAAGACUUUAACGGAGUAUGCCAUGCAACCUGUCAUUGAUCCCAACACACCACAUUUUCAGCAGCUGGUUAAUCAGAUGCAUGGUUACGGCAGCGACCCGCAUAACGAUCCAACCCAACAGGUCCCUGUAACCAUGGGCCCUCCCGUUUCUGCUAUGCCGCCGCCGCCACCUUACCUUGGGCCCGGAGAGGACCCACUGCACACAACGCAUCUACCGCCAACUCCUUCCGAUCUGUCCAGUCCGAAUAGUGAAUGAUAAGACGCCUGGCGCCGACCAAUGGAUCAGCUCGUGCGUCGCACGCAUUUUGGAAUUUGAUGAUAUGUUAGCUGUCUGGAACUUUCUAGCUUCGGUGCAGGAAAUGUUUUAAGUAAGAAACUCCGAAGAAGUCACUUUGCUGAGAUAAUUAAAGUAUUUCAUGAAAUCCUACAAUGUGAGCAGGAACUGUAACUAAACGUUUAGGUGAUAGAUCAUGUGCAGGUAAUUUAAAAACACAAACCAGUCAGCCAAAGUGUAAAACAUAACAUUACUCAGCAAGUUUGACUGUGUUGAAGAGCACGUAGAAACAGAAUGCGAUGAAUCAAUAAUAAAAGUACCCUAAACAAGCAGAAGAACUUGAAGAGUGGAUUAGGUGUGUGUUUGUGCUCGGGUCUCGAUCAAACAUCCUGAGAUUCAGCACAUAUAAUAUAGAAUAUAACGAUGUAUAUAUUUCUUUAAAUUGUAAAUAUACUGUAUACAUUUUGUUUCGUGGCUGUGAAUUAUGUAUAUUGUGUAGCAUUGUGGAGGGAAACUGGAUAAAUAUUCUUUACCAUACAAACGAACAGUAACGAAA